CGGCCCCUCUGGUUCCAGGUUCUAGAAUGGAUUCAUAGAGCAGGUUUAGCUUUGGUCCUGCUUCAGUAAAGGUGCGCCAAGUCCUGGAUCGUGGUCUCCGUGCAGGCUGGUGGAGCCGCAGGCCGCCGUCAUGCACACCAUCUACCGUCUGUGUCAAGUCUGCAUUGGACAGAACCUCCCUCAGGUCAGCGUCAUCCGAGGAAAGGACGGCUUCGGAUUCACCAUCUGCUGCGACAGUCCGGUGCAGGUUCAGUCUGUCGAUCCGGGAGGUCCCGCCCAUCACUCCGGUCUCCGUCAGGGAGACGCGGUCCUUAAGCUCAAUGGACUUCCUGUGGAGAUCUGGAAGUGUGGCGACCUUGCUCACGCUAUCAGGAGUUGUCCUACUCAGAUCAUCCUGGUGGUGUGGAGAGGCUCACCUGAGACCAGGACGGGCUGUUGUGAGUCUUUGCACCGCCCACCAGCACCGAGCAAAACAACAAAGUUGCUGCAUCAACCCACCCACAGCAAACAUGGCCGCAAACGUCAUCAGGGGUCAGUGGUGAGAUCCAGUUUGGGGGUUCUGAGUUCUCUGUGGAGAGAUUGCAAGGAAGACGAAGAACCUUGCACGUCCACUCUUCAGGGCACCUGUGUCACAUCAUCGCAUGGCAACAAUUACAUCAUCCUGUCCCCCGUUGGGCCAGAAGAACAGCUCCUCCACACGGUUCCUGAUGACGGAACCAGGACCAUGGGACGUCUUUACCGGACUCACCCCAGGAGAGGUGUGAACCUUCUCAAUGACCAACAAGAUAUGUCGCCGCAGCAACCGCUCACCUGCCACACCCUCAGCUUGGCUCCUCCCACUUCCUCUGCCCAGCGUAACUAUGGCAACUACCAGAACUGCACCAUCCUCCAAUCACAUGUGCCCUCUUGCAACGGCCAUGAAUCCUUCGACACGCUGGCGCCCAAAACCCUCAUCUUCCCCGUCUUUGUGCAGCUUUUGGAUCUGAGCCACACUGACAGAUCGCUGCAGAUCUCCGAAGAACUGGUUCUGCACCAGGACCACCAGCUGCCCCAAAAGGUGACGGUUUUGAUCUACGACGAUGUCUUGCUGGUCAGCAGAGAGGACGAAGCUGGACGUUGUUACGUUCUGAAGAAUCCUCUCUACCUCAACACGCUGCAACUCCAAGAGGUGGCGUCGGCGCCUCGCCACAUCUACUUCCUGCAGAGCGCUGCCAAGCGUUGGCGAUGUGUCUUCAGCCUGGAGGCUUUCAGCAUCGAGCAGAAGCUGCGAGUGAGCCUCUGUCUCCAUGACAACAUCCAACAGCAGCUGGUCGCCAUGGAGACUGCGCACAGCCGGCAGUUGUCAGACCUCCCCUCCUAUCCUGACUCCUUUCCUGACUCCUCUACAGAUCCUCACCUCCUUCAUCCGUCUCCCCCCUUCCCUCCCCUGAAAGUCAGCCCCCCGCCCGCCUUCUCUCCCCCCACUACAGUUUUACCCAUCUUUCCCAAGCUCCUCCCCCUUUCUCUUGCCUCCCCUGUCUGGAAGGAGAGAGGAGGAGGAGGAGGAGGAAGAAGAGGAGGGGAGGAGGAUGAGGAGCGUCAGCAGGGGGAGGGGGAGAGCGCCUCCGAAACGUCAGAAACAAUUGGGGGGCGGAGCUUACUUCUUCACCCCGCCCAUUUCACUCCGAAGGAAGAGAAGGCAGAGAGGAGCGACGGGGAGGAGGAGAGAAGGCGCGCUGCAGAGGAUUUGAGGACCGCCUCCAGACCGGCAGUCCUCAGGCGCUCGCUCUCCGAGGGUUCUCUGCUAAAAGAAAGUCCAUCACGGCGCUCGCUCUCUGACAGCACCAUCCACGACCUCACCUUUGACCUGCACACCUGCCACCCCUCACCUCACACUCUCAGGAAACACCUGACCAGGGAGGACAGCUCUCUUCAUCACAUGCUGCUGCUGCUCAAUGGCUACAAGGAUGUUGAAAUCAGAAAUCACCUCAGGAAGAAAACCAAAAGUCUAGCUCCAGACGUGCGCAGUCGUCUUCCGUUCCUGCGCAGACGGAGGCGUUCGGUCCAGUGGGACAGUCUGGAGCGAGCACUGAGGAACACCAGGCCGUCUGCGGGGGAGGUGUUGAAGUGGGCGGAGAGUCUGCAAGCGCUCUUGGCCAAUCAGUACGGUCUCGCUGUGUUCCGUCACUUCCUGAAGUCCGAGUUCAGCGAGGAAAACCUGGACUUUUGGUCGGCUGUAGAGAGAUUCAAGGAGACGGGCCCCCUCAGCAAGAUGGCUGCCACGGCCGCCAAAGUCUACGAGGAGUUUGUCUCACCCGGCGCGCCCAGACAGGUGAACGUGGAUUCAGAGGUCAGAGAGUCAACCCAACAGAGCCUACGUCUUGGUGUUCACCCAGCCUCCUUCCAGCGGGCCCAGGAUCAGGUCUUUGGUCUGAUGGAGGCCGAUAGUUACCCACGAUUCCUCAAGUCCCACCUCUACGCUCAAUUGGCCAAUCAGAGCCCAGCAGCUUCUUCUCAGCCCGCCAAUCAGAACCUCGCCAGAGAAUCUGACGGCCAAGACUUCUGAUCACAUGGCGAGUCGGUCAGGGGUUUCACGU